GUCGUUGGAGGUUACAAAUUUAUUUUAUUACUUAAGUCAGAAAUUCGAAUUUCAUUGAUUAUAUGGCAAUCUCGAAAGUCUUGUGCUGCCUAACAAAUGCCAAUUUCAUUAGUUAUACCGCAAACUCAAGAUCCAUUUACCCCUCCAAAAUAAUACAUCAAAAUUUUUUUUCAAAAGAUAUGAAAAACUGACUGGUAGACAACUAGUUCAUACAUUUUUUCACUUUCCUCAAAGUUUUAAAAUAUUUUUUUAAAAUUUAUUAACAAUACAAUAAGCUGAGAAUGUUUACAAAAUGAAUUAUAAAUCUCAAAAUUCUAAUUUUUAAAGUGGAUAAAGAGAAGGGGUAAAAUUAUAAAGAUGUCUUUCUCAUGGGGAAGCAGGUAAUAAAUGUAAAAACUAAUUCCAUUAAUGAUCAGCCUCCAAAUUGUUUAAUCCAUAUUUACAGAUCUGCACGCAUUUUCAAAGAAAAUCUCAACUUGCACCAAUGCGAAAUUCAUUGAAUUCACUUGAAAUUCCCAUCUUCCUAAUACAAAUUUCAGAUCAAAUUUAAAGAUCUUCGGCAGCUAUUUGUUUAGAGUGAUUCACCGGAUCGGUCUCGCAUUCGAUAUUCAAUGAGUUAUCGAAGGGAUCAGAGAUCCUCCAGGGCUUCACUCUUUGAUGAUAUUGAAGAAGGUGGUCUCAGGACCUCCUCUCGUGAUAUCGAUGAACGCGACAAUGAUAAAGCUAUUGACAGCUUACACGAUCGAGUCAGCUAUUUGAAAAGACUGACUGGCGAUAUACAUGAAGAGGUGGAAAGUCAUAACCGAAUACUGAGCCAAAUAGUAAGAAAUUGCUUGGUGAAACUAAGCUUAUCUUCCAAAGUUUUGAGUUAUGGAGUACAUUAGUUUUUAAUGUUUUUGUUCUUGAAUUAGGGGAAUGGUAUGGAUUCUACUAGAGGAAUCAUGGCAGGGACCAUGGGUCGAUUUAAAGCGGUAAAUUACUAGAUCUCUUUAUUUUUCUCAUGUCGUAUAUUGCAUAGAUUUAUCUCAACCUUGGCAAACUAAUAUUACAGUAUGUUCUGUUUUAGGUGUUUGAGAAGAAAGCACAUCGAAGGAUGUGCAAACUCGUAGUUUGUUUUGUGAUUUCAUUUCUGGCUAUCUGCUACUUCAUCAGGCAAGUAUCUCUUCCAUAAGUUUUUCUGUUAAUUUAUGGGUGUGUAGAUUCUGAUGUAGAAUGAAGAUCCUUAGACAACAUAUCACUGUAUUUGAUGAGUCUGAUUUUAGAGCUUAGGGUGAGUUUCUCAAAGUUACGAGGACAUAGAUGUUGUUAAAUACUGAAUUAUCUUAUUCUGGGAUAAAAUGCCAACUUGUAGUAGUAUUUAUUGUGGUUUUGUUAUGACUUUGCUGUAUAGUGCAAUUUCUGCUCCAACUUGGAGCUGAAAGUUUGAGAUCUCUAGAAUGCUUGGGAAAUAAAGCAAGAAGCAAUGCACUAGAAAGAGGGGGACGUUUGAUUAUGAGAGAAAUGGAUAAAUUAAUGUUCUUGGAUCUAAUAAUUACCAUUUUGACUGAAGCUCUUAUACCAGUUUGGAGGGUUCUAAUAUAGGUAGGACAGGGGAAUAGGAUAGUGAGGAAAGUGGAGAUUGGUACUUCUUGAACUAAUUAGCAUUUGUCUGCAGGUUUCUCUUCCAGUUCCUUUACGGUUAAGGUAGGAUUGCACCGCCCAAUUCACAGAUCGAAGAAGCAGAGCCCAAAACAAGGCUAGAACCUCAUCUCUCAUUGCCAAAGAGUCAUUUUCUCACAUUCGAUUGGUGUUGUGGAAUGUGAAAUGCCAACGCCUGAAAAAACCCUUGUGCAUUGAUCUCAUCUAAUGCUUGAGCUAGAAGCAUUCUUCAAUUGUAUUUACACAGGAAAGUUUUGGAGUGUUGAAGAUUGUGUAAACAGUGAAGGAUCUCUAAAGAAGGGGAGAUUCUUGUUACUUUGGUUACUCUUUCGUCUUUGUUGAUAACCAAUGUUAUACCUCUCUAUGUGGUUAGUAUAAAGUACAAAGCAUUAUGGGUUGUUUGAUUUGGUCGUGUAGUCCUCUAUCUAUAUUUGAAACAUUUUCUUGAGUUUUAGCAAGUGGAUGAUAAUUUUUCAAUUCUUACUAGUACAGAUAGAUGUAACUUACAAGUUACAAGUUCAUUCAAUGUCAACAGAUCGAUAGUCAAAAUUCAAACAUGGAAAAAUGAAGCCUAAUGUAAGAAAUGCUGGACUUUGAAACAAUUGGAUUUACU